AUGGCUUCUCCGAGGAAGAGCCCACUUAAAGAACCAGGAGAUCGUCAGUCAGCGGCAAUCGUAGUCCAACCAUCGUCCCCACGUUACCCUCCGAGUGGGACCCCCACCUCCGGGGCCCAGCGCCGAAUCGGGAUCGCCGUCGAUCUCAGCGACGAGAGCGCCUUCGCCGUCAAAUGGGCCGUCCAGAAUUACCUCCGCCCCGGCGAUGCCGUCAUCCUCCUCCACGUCCGCCCCACCAGCGUCCUCUACGGUGCUGACUGGGGCGCCACCGAUGUCUCCAUCCCUGAAGACCAAGAGUCUCAGCAGAAGCUCGAGGACGAUUUCGACAAUUUCACCGUCACCAAGGCCAACGACCUCGCCAAGCCUCUGGAAGAGGCUAAGACUCCGUACAAGAUCCACAUAGUGAAGGACCACGACAUGAAGGAGAGGUUGUGCUUGGAGGUCGAGAGGCUCGGCCUCAGCGCCGUCGUUAUGGGCAGCCGGGGCUUCGGCGCUUCGAAGACGACCUCCAAGGCCAGGCUCGGCAGUGUCAGUGACUACUGUGUGCAUCACUGCGUCUGUCCUGUCAUCGUCGUAAGGUUCUCCGAUGAAAAGGACGAAAACGACGUCGCAAAGCAAGGUAAAUUUGGCUGUCCGGUCGUGCGUGAGGAAGAGCCGGAGUUCCAUGACGCUUUGGAGAAAGGUUGA